ACACCUCCCUCACCCAGGACAUGUACGGCAGUGCCCGAGCAGUAGGCCACAUCGAGAGCAGCCCUGCACGGUCCCCACGACUGCCUAGGUCCCCCAGGCUGGGUCACCGGAGGGCCAGUAGUGGGGGUGGGAGCAGUGGAGGGGGUAAGACGCUCUCCAUGGAGAACAUCCAGUCGCUGAACGCUGCCUACGCCACAUCCGGGCCCAUGUAUCUGAGCGACCAUGAGGGAGUGGGCUCCACCGCCACCUACCCCAAGGGCACCAUGACGCUGGGGCGUGCCUCCAACCGGGCCAUGUACGGGGGGCGUGUCACGGCCAUGGGCAGCAGCCCCAACAUUGCCACGGUGGGGCUGGGCCACCACACUGACCUGCUGUCCUACAGCGACCUAGGCUCCCUGUCCAUGCUGCAGCACCACCACCACCACCAGGGGGUGCCGUCUGCCCUGCUGCGGCAGGCGGUACGGGGUGGUGGGGGGGAGUUGCUGGAGAUGCAGGCCACACUCCGGGACAUGCAGCGGGAGAAUGACCUGCUGAGGAGAGAGCUGGACCUGAAGGACAGCAAGCUGGGCUCGUCCACCAACAGCAUCAAGAGCUUCUGGAGCCCCGAGCUGAAGAAGGAGAGGAUGAUACGUAAGGAGGAGGCGGCGCGCACCUCCGUCCUCAAGGAGCAGAUGAGGGUGACUCACGAGGAGAACCAGCUGCUGGAUGCCAGGAGGACCAAGCACCUGCAGCUGACCAUCCAGGCCCUGCAGGAUGAGCUGAGGACCCAGAGGGAUCUGAACCACCUGCUGCAGGAGAGUGGCGGCCGCUCUGGGGAACACUACACCAACAUUGAGCUGACCGAGGAGAACUUUAGACGACUGCAGGCCGAGCACGACCGCCAGGCCAAAGAGCUCUUCCUCCUGAGGAAGACCUUGGAGGAGAUGGAGCUGCGGAUGGAGACCCAGAAGCAGACGCUGGGGGCCAGGGACGAGUCUAUCAAGAAGCUGCUGGAAAUGCUCCAAAGUAAGGGUCUGCCUGGGGGGCCAGGCAGGGUCAAUGAGGAGGAGGAGCAGGAGAGGGCCAGGCGUAUCGCUGAGGCCGAGGCACAGCUGGGACACCUGGAGGUCAUCUUGGAUCAGAAGGAGAAGGAGAACAUCCACCUCCGAGAGGUGUUCUCCCAGGAACUGCACAGGAGAAACCAGAUGCACCAGGACCCUGGCAAAACCAAAGCCCUCCAGACCAUCAUAGAGAUGAAGGAUACGAAGAUAGCGUCUCUGGAGCGCAACAUAAGGGACCUGGAGGAUGAGAUCCAGAUACUGAAGGCUAAUGGCUUGCUGAACACCGAGGACAGAGAGGAGGAGAUCAAACAGAUGGAGGUCUACAAGAACCACUCCAAGUUUAUGAAGGCCAAGAUUGACCAGCUGAAGCAGGAGCUGUCCAAGAAGGAGUCUGAGCUGCUGGCUCUGCAGACCAAGCUGGAGACCCUGAACAACCAGAACUCAGACUGCAAACAGCAUAUAGAGGUUCUCAAAGAGUCCCUCACUGCUAAGGAGCAGCGCGCUGCCAUACUGCAGACAGAGGUGGACGCCCUGCGCCUGCGCCUGGAGGAGAAGGAGUCCUUCCUGAACAAGAAGACCAAGCAGCUGCAGGACCUGACGGAAGAAAAGGGUACACUGGCCGGAGAGAUUCGAGACAUGAAGGACAUGCUAGAGGUCAAGGAGAGGAAGAUCAACGUCCUGCAGAAGAAGAUUGAGAAUCUGCAGGAGCAGCUGUGUGAUAAGGACAAGCAGCUGGGGAACCUGAAGGACAGGGUGAAGUCUCUGCAGACUGACUCCAGUAACACUGACACUGCCCUGGCCACCCUGGAGGAGGCACUCUCUGAGAAGGAGCGGAUAAUAGAGAGACUGAAGGAGCAGAGAGCGAGGGAGGACAAUGAGAGGAUUGGCGAGGUGGAGUCCUAUAAGAAGGAGAACAAGGACCUCAAGGAUAAAGUCAACACCCUCCAUAUGGAAUUAACAGAGAAGGAGUCCUGUCUCAUUGACCUGAAGGAGCAUGCCUCCUCCCUGGCCUCCUCCAGCCUGAAGAAAGAAUCCAAGCUCAAGUCUCUGGAGAUGGCCAUUGAGCAGAAGAAAGAGGAGUGUAGCAAGUUGGAGACACAGUUACAGAAGCAAGCAGAGCAGCUGUUCACUCAGAUGAACAACCCUAAGGCCCAUGAGGUCCAGCAGCAGCAGGUGGGAGUGGGCUCCAGGGGGAACCCAGAGUAUGUGGAGCGGGAGCAGCGAGUCAAGGUCCUAGAGAAGGAGGUUUCCUACUAUAAGGAGGAGUCUGGCAAGGCCCAGGCCGAGGUGGAUAGGCUACUAGCCAUCCUCCGAGAGGUGGAGACUGAGAAGAACGACAGGGAUAAGAAGAUCGCCGAGCUGGAAAGCCCCCCUCACCUUGCCCCUGUCCCUCGCCCUGGUUUCGGCCCUGGCCCCGUCCCUCGUCACGGUCCCGGUGGUAGAGCUCCCCCUGACCCGCUCCCCCCUGUGUCCGCUGCCCCCCAGCAGAUUGGGGGCAUGGUGUGGGACUUCCUGGGAAACCUAGCUCCCAGGCAGACCAAGGAGCAGGUUACUAAGAAGGGGGGUCCCAACCUCAAACUGGGCCCCCAGGGGGAAAAGAAGCCUGGUCAGAUAAUGGGGGACCCUCGAAAAGACAACACCAUUGACCUUGGUCAGCAUCUGAAGUUGGAGGAGAUGAUGAACACCCUAGAGAGAACUAGACAGGAGCUGGAUGCCACCAAGCAGCGCCUCUCGUCUACCCAGCAGUCCCUGCAGGAGAGGGACGGUCACCUGACCAACAUGAGACAGGAGCGCAGGAAACAGCUGGAGGAGAUCCUGGAGAUGAAACAACAGGCCCUGCUGGCAGCCAUCAGUGAGAAGGAUGCUAACAUCGCUCUGCUAGAGCUGUCUGCCUCUGGGAAGAAGAAGACCCAGGAAGAGGUUCUGGCUCUGAAGAGGGAGAAGGACAGAUUGAUGCACCAGCUAAAACAGCAGGUCAGGACUGGUGACACAACUCAGACACAGAGCAGGAUGAAGCUGAUGGCAGACAGCUAUGAAGACGACCACUACCACCCCCAUCCUCCCUUCCAUUCCCUACCCCAGCAACCCCACCUGGGUCUCCAGCCUCAGUCCCCCCAGCCCCAGCCCCAAUACCAGCACCCGCCACAUUCCCAGCAGCAGCACGCCCCGUACCCCCAUGCCCCGCACCCCAGCCCCACCCCAACAACACCCUCACCCCAGCAGCCUCAACAGCAGUACUCCCCUCAUCCCCAACAGCACCCGCAGGGGCACCCCCAACAGCCCCAACACCAACCACGGCCCCAGCACCCGCUGCAAGUCCAGCAGCCACACCCACAACAACAACAACACCCCCACCCAGGACAGCAUCCUCACGGGCCUCCGCCACAGCAGCAGCACCCCCACCCCCAACAGCACCCACAGCCACACCUUCACGGCCCCCUGCAGCGCCCCCACCCCCAUCACCCACACCCCCAACACCCUCAGCAGCAUCCCCAUCACCCCAUACCCCAUGCCCCGCAACAGCAAGGCGGCCACCGCCACCCGCCCCCACACCACCGUGGAGGACCAGGGCCUGCCAGAGGACCCCCCCAUGCCGGCCACCGCCCCUCCCACGACCAGGAUGACGAGGAGGGCAUUUGGGCAUAA